AUGGCUGAACCCCAGCCCCUGCGUCUCAUCAGCGAGACCAAGUUCGAUCAUCGCGUGCCCGAUGGCUUGCCCAAGAGCAAUCCCACCGUCGACCUGUCCGUCACCUGGGAUGCCGCCGCCAAGAACCUCCUCAUCUACCGUCCAAGGGACCAGGUCGUCUCCAAGAUCCACCAAUACGCCCGCCCGGGCACGACAGCCCCAGAGCCCCUCGCUCUCCAGUGGAAACCCGACGGUCAAUUUCUCGCCGUCGGCUGGAGCGAUGGCCACGUGAGACUGAUGGGUCUCGAGAACAACAAGGCGGCCCAUCAUAUUCGCGUGACCGAGGACCAGUCUGCCGGCAUCACCCAUAUCGGCUGGGCGUGCAACAGCGUCUCCAAGACAGACAGUGUUCCCAAGGAGGCCGAGACCGCCUCGUGGCGCCAUGCCCUCGACGAAGAGCUGCAAACCGCAGGCAACCCUCCAGAACUAGAUCUGCCGCGCGAGCUGACGUUUCUCGAUGUCGAGUCGUCGCUGCCCAAACUGAGUCCUCUGCCGAGCGCCAGUGCCGGCGAAGGCGAGGAUGCCAUGGUCUUCACCUUGCGGACUGGUAUCGAGUUCCUCUUUCGGCCCUUCAACACGGCCGAGAGCGAUGAGGUCUUUGUCAUGGUCGUCGGCACCAGUGACGGACGUCUGCACCUCAGCAUCUAUGAUUCGUUCGUCAUUGGUGAUUUUCGCUAUACGCUGCCGAGCGCCAUGUACAAGCCAGGCGUUCUGCAGCUCAUCCACCAUGCCGCCCAUCCGUCGGCAUCCACCCACUGUCUCAUCCUGAAGCAUCCUGCCGACGAGGACCGCGCCGUCUAUCUGGUUCCCAUGGACUUACCGUUUGUCCCUUACUCUCCGAUCAACCUCGCCCUCCUCGCGUCCAAGUUGACUACUCUUCAGAAGCUGCUCCGAUACGUGAAGCAGUCGCAGCUCCACGCCACGGUCGAGUACAACAACACGCGAGAACUCCCCAGCAAGUUCCUGCGUAGUAUUCAGGAGGAUCUACAGGGCGCCGACCGUGGGCCGACCGACAUUGUCCAGGCUCUCUUCCAUACUGUCGUGACUGGCCACACCCACGAGGUCGUCAAGGAAUGGCUCGUGGACCAGCUGGCCGAGCGCGGCCACAAACGCUGGGACAAGGCCGCUGUUUCGGGUCUCGAGGCCCUCCGCGCGCUCGUCCACGAGAACCUCCUCCCGGCCCUCGAGCGCUGCGCCGUCAUCCUCAGCCGCCUCCGCGGCCUCGCCCAGUUCCACGAUGCCCGCGACGACAUUGGCUUCUCCGCCGCGCAGGUCGCCCGCGCCAUGGACGUCGUCGCCUGUCUGCGUCUCGCCGCCCACCGCGUCCUGCUACACGUCAUGGAGGAGCUCGACCUCUUCACCGCCUUCUCCGGCUGGCUGCGCUUCCAGAUCGACCGGCUCGCGUCGUCGAGCUCGGCCACCGAGGAGCUCAACGAGAAGGAGGCCGGGCUGGAGAAUGGAAAAGUGCUCGCGUACAUCCAGCGUUAUCUGCUGCGCAGCCCCAUGGCGCUCUUCUUCGACCCCGUGGCCGACGACGAGCGCGAGGCCGACUGGAAGUUUGUCCAGAACGAGCCCGCGCUGCUCGACGCUGUCGAUGCGCAGAUUGCCCGGCAGGAAGAUGGCCAGCCCUACAUGAAGGCGCUGCCGCAGCUCGCCUUUCUUGUGGCGUACCUUGAGGACCGCGCGAACGGCAUCUUCAAGGAUAUUGCCGAGGCCCAGAAGCGGAGCGUCAGGUUCGGACAGCCCACCAGGAUCGUCAUGGCUAGCAAACUGUCUAGGAUCGACUGUGUCAUGGGGCCGAUUGUCAACGGCAGUGACCUAGAGGACCACGCGUCGACUUUUGUGGCAGCAAUCCAGGAGGGCAAAGAAGACGAGCGUAAGUUUCUCGGCCGUGCCGUUUUGUCAUCACCCGUGGGUCCCGCCGACUCUGACGAAGCUCUAGUGUACAUCUUCCGCACCACCGUGCGCAUCAUCAACGGCAUCAGCACCACGACGUCCAAGACGUGCGCCGCGCUGCGUCUCGGCGACCACAAAAUCACCGACAUCAAGUUCCUCGGCCACGAGACCCUCGUCCUGCUUCUCCGGACCACCGGCAUGUUCAGACCAACCAACCACCUCCCCAUCCAGACGCCCGAGGUCAAGUACGCCUCCUACACCGAAGAGUCCCUCCCUGAGCCCGAGCCUCUCUCCGCCGCGCACGGCUUCGCGUCCUUCACCCUCCCCGAAAGCGGCGGCGGCGGCGCCUGGGUCCCUGUUCGCAUGGAGGUCCACCCCCGAAGCGACGUCCGAGACGACAUGCCCCCGCGCGUCUGUCUCCUCGGCCGUGACAGGACGACGUGGCGCGUCUUCGCCCUGGAGAAGGAUGCCGCCGUGCCGCAACAGCAGGGGCAGGAGGACAAGCAGCAGCAGCAGCAGCAGCAGCAAUUGAACACGCCUGGGCGGGACAACGCAUAG